AUAUCAGACUAACCCAAAACAUAAAGAAUGUAUUUUAAAACGAAUGAUAGGAAAGUUUGGAGCGUAUUUGAUCAGUUGAACGACAAAGCAUAGGUAUGGAACAUUUAUUUUCUGAUGAGAUGACCUGAAUAUUUCGACCAGUCUAGAUCUAGUAAGUCUUGUGGAAAAAAAGAUGUGAAGACCAGAAGGAAAACAAUUCAAGAUGUCUGAAUUUCCAAGACAUCCUGCAAGUAAACUGGGGUUCUUCACCUGGCUUCGACAUGUCAAAUUAUCAAGACUCAUUAUUUUGAUCUUUGUGGUCUUCAUUUGCAUAUUUCUAAUCGUGCAUCAUCUCUUAUCUGAGCUGACCCCAGUUGGGGAAUCCCCAGCAGGUCACAGGUCAAGGUCAAAGUUGGAUCACUAUGGUGAAGAUGAAAGACUAUUCACAGCUCCAAACCUAAGUGAUGAAAUAAGAAAGCUCUCCAAAGUUAAAGCUUCUGUAAACAAUGAGCUUCGUGAUAUGGAAAGUAAAAGACAAAUGUUACAGACUCAGAUAUCAAAAUAUCAGGUGGAGCUAGAACGAUUUCAUAACGUGAAAGAAACUCUGGAAAGAGAGAUUAAAUUAACAAAACUUAAUUUAGAUCAGUUGAAGAUUCAAAAAGAAGAGCUGGAUGAAAAAUAUGUUCCUAUCCUUCGAGCACCACAGAAAAUUUUGCUUGGGCAAGAAGCAGACAUAGAUAUCACUCCACCAAAAAUGUUAUCAAGAUGUCAAAUGUCUUCGUGUUUUGAUUACUCUAGAUGUUCACUUCUUUCGGGAUUCCCAGUGUUUAUGUAUGACCUUCAACAAAAAAGAGCAUUACCCCCUUUAGAUCAAUUUAUUAACUCAUCAGUGUUAUCAGCUUUAAAGAAAAGUCCAUAUUUAACCAAUGAUCCCAAGGAGGCAUGUGUAUUUAUUGUGCUUAUUGGACAGUUACAAGACUCAAAUACAUUUAGCACAAAAGACAUGAAUAAUUUUUUACACAGUUUGCCCCACUGGCAUGGUGAUGGACACAAUCAUAUUCUUAUUAACUUGAUGCAAAAUUAUAAAUCUACUGACUUAUUUGCAAAUGUCAAAACAGACCGGGCAAUUAUAGUGCAAUCAGCUUACUUAGAUACACAUUUCAGAAAUAAAUUUGAUAUUGUUGUGCCACCAAGUUUAGGGAAGGCUGAUGGAGAUGUUUGGGAGGAGUUGCCAUCAGUCUCUCCAAUACGUCGAAAAUACUUUUUGUCUAUUUGGGGGCAGUACAAGGGCAUAAUAGCUCAAAAUAGUGCCAAAAUUGAAGGGUUAGAGAAAACUCCUCAAGACUUCUCUGAGAAUGAUCUGUUAUCAAAUAUAGAAAGUGCCAUAGUUUCUUCAUUGAAAGACAUUAAAAAAGCAGACUCCAAUGAAAUUUUUACUCAGUUUUCUUGUGAUUCUGUUGCUCCUGGGGCCAUAAAUGGGGAAUGGAGCUUGUGCAGUACAGAUGCACAGAGGAAAGAACUACUUGUGCAGUCAACAUUUUCCCUGAUAAUUGCACCUUCUAAUAUAUCAUACAAAACAAGCACCAUCUUUCAGCUUAGAUUAUAUGAAUCUCUUAAAUAUGGAGCUAUUCCAGUUAUCCUAGGUGACUAUGCUGAAUUGCCAUACAGUGAAGUUAUAGACUGGAAGGAAUCUGCCCUUAUCUUGCCAAAAGCUAGAGCUUCAGAAUUCUACUUCAUUCUUCGAACAUACACCGACAAUAACAUUGCAGCCAUGAGACUGAAAGGCAGAUUUGUUUUUGAGAAUUAUUUUGGAACCACACUGAAAAUUGUGGAAACAAUUACUGCUAUUUUGCGGACUCGUUUAAGUAUUCCAGCAGCCCCUGUGCAGGACGUACCAUCUGUGAGUGUGUUUAACGACUCCUUUGUUCCCCUUACCUUGGAAGGAUUUGAAGUCAAUCCAGAAACUGAUGAGACUCUUGGACCAGUGGAAUCACCAUUUCCUUCCAUGAUCUUCAAAGAGAACUUUACUCAGUUCCUCAGUUACCAGGCCUGGAACAAGAUGGGGCAAGCCUUUCAAUUGUUUCCAUAUGAUGCAGAGGAAAAAGUUCUUCCAUCAGAGGCUAAAUAUUUCGGAUCUGGAUUUGGAUUUCGUCCGGUAGGAAAAGGGUGGGGAGGAGCUGGGAAGGAGUUCAGUGAGGCACUGGGAGGAAACUUAGCUAGAGAACAGUUUACCAUUGUUAUGCUGACAUACAAGAGAGAACAGGUAUUGAUUGGUGCCCUUCAGAGACUAAAAGGACUUCCCUUUCUGAACCGGGUCAUCGUUGUAUGGAACAAUCCCGUGCCCCCUUCACCUGUCAUGAGGUGGCCAGAAAUUGGAGUACCCAUCAAGAUUUUAAAGAUGGAGAAAAACAGCCUGAACAACAGAUUCCUUCCAUUCAGCAGUAUUGAAACAGAGGCCAUCCUCAGCAUAGAUGAUGACGCCCAUCUCAGACAUGAUGAAAUUGUGUUUGGAUUUCGGGUAUGGAGAGAGGAGAGGGAUAGAAUUGUUGGAUUUCCUGGGAGGUACCAUGCCUGGGACUCCCAGAGUAAGAUGUGGUACUACAAUGCAAACUACUCAUGUGAGCUCUCCAUGGUUCUGACAGGGGCUGCUUUCUUUCAUAAGAAUUAUGCCUAUCUGUACACCCAUGUCAUGCCACAAGCAAUCCGGGACAAAGUGGAUGAAUACGUCAACUGUGAAGAUAUCGCCAUGAACUUCCUGGUGUCUCAUAUCACCAGAAAACCUCCUAUAAAGGUGACCUCACGAUGGACUUUCAGGUGUCCGGGAUGCCCAGAAACCCUAUCCAGUGAUAUAGAACAUUUCACAGAGAGACACAAGUGUAUUAACUUCUUUGUUAAGGUCUUUGGAUACAUGCCUUUGUUAUAUACUCAGUACAGAGUGGAUUCAGUUUUAUUCAAAACAAGACUUCCUGUUGAUAAACAAAAAUGCUUUAAGUUUAUAUAGGGGAAGUCAGAAAGCUGUUUGUCUCCAACUAUCAUUUACCGGUACUUAUUGUAUGUGGAAAGGUAUUUGGAAUUGUUGAUCUGAAAAAGAAAAUACUUGCAUCGACCUUUAUUUACCUUUCAGUUUUCCUUUCAUUUUGACAUGUUUAAAGAACUAGCAGUCUGGAAGCAGAAUCUAUAGAAGACAUAGUAAUUCAUAUCACCUGCUCAAUUCAUUUAAGAGCAUAUUCCAUAAACAUUGUGAUUAAAAAGUGUAAAUGCUAAAAUUGAGUCCAUAAAAUGAGUGUGUAAUUCUAAUAUGAGAAGUGCUGAAAGUUACAUGAGCAUUUUAUGCAUGUGGUAAAUACUUUUACAUAAAGAAAAUACUGAGAACCAAACCUAGUGUGGUAACAUUUAAGUGUCAAAAUGUGUGCAUGAAAACGGAAGUGGUACAUAACAAUAGCUGCAUAUUAAACAAAUUACAUCAGAUCCUUCAAUUAACUCUAUACAGUUGCUGAUGUAUUGAUCUUUUAACCUAUUGCUUUCCACUUGUGUAUUUCUUCUGGAGUUGAUUUUAGAAUCUGGUAUAAAAUACAAUAUGCAGAUUAAUACUGUAGAUAUAUUUGUAUUUUUACAUAUCACAUUGUGUAUAAGCAUGAUUCUUUGGUCAAUGCUUUGAGCCAUUACCACCUUAAAUGUACAUGAAUUGGCUUCGACUACGCAAAAUAUUAUUUAGGUUGCUUGCAAAUUCAUAGUCAAUUCAAUAACAGCUUUAACCAACAAUGGAUAAUUUUUUUUCUUAUUGUCAAACUAUUAUGCACAAAUAAUUAAUAUUCAUUAUCUAGUGUUCCGAUGGUUUUGCUUGACAUUUUGUUUUGGUGGGGUUAAGUGAGGAACAUUAUAAAAACUCAUUGUUUCAUAUGCAAAAGAUGCGUCUCAAGUUGUACAAAAUUUAUUUAGAAAAAAGCAAUUUCUACCAUGGAAACAUGCACUGUGAAAUCAUGCAUUGUGAUUUCACAGUACAUUACUGUACAUGUGUGUAUGUUUUGUAGUUGAGUAUGUUUUGAAAAAUCUCAUAACAUCUGUUAAUCACUUCAUGUUCAACAGGCUAAAAAGUAUGAGAGAGAUUCAGAUCUACACUGAUCUUCUACGUAUAUUUAUUUGCACUCUAUCUCUAUCUACAUAUAUAAUACAUUUGGGAAAAGACUUGUACUGAAUAUACAAUACUGUUGAGUUACAAACCAGUUACAGUCAUGUAUUCAGUUGAUUCUGUUGUUUUUUUUUUCCUUUUCUGGGAGGGGGCAUUAGUCUACGUUCUCUGUAUCGGAAGGAGUCCAUUUACCAUGUUCCACUUAAACCUCAUAUCUCAACAUUGUGAAAUGUUGACCAUGGUGCUUUGUUUACAUUUUACUUAAAUAUCAGAGAGUUAACAUAUUCCUGUAUUUGUGCUUUGCCUUUCUGUCUUUCCACACAUAAAAAAUUGGGUAACAAAGGUUUGUGUGAAUAAACAAAACUCAUUGUCAUGCAUCAGAAUCAUGCACUUUAACUAUUUUGUAGAUGAUAUUGUUUGUGAAAAUUUAAGGAAGUUAAUUCAUAAUUUCUAAAUGUAAGAAUUUAAAAAGAUAUACAGUAUUUUAAAUUUUGUAUAUAAUGUUGUAUGUACUAAAUUAUUUUAUAUGCUUUUGCAAAAGAAAAUGUAUUGAAUUAUUAAAAUACAUCAUUCAAGAUUAAAA